GGCCAGACCUGAUUGGGACAUCUGUGGGGGAAGGAUCAGAACAGACUGGUCACACUUGAGUGCAAAAGAGGUUCCUGAUCUUGGACAGACCACGCCUGCAUGUCACACUGAAGGCCAUUUAAUUGGACAUCAUCAGGAUUGGGACAGAUUUAGGAACAAAUUCCUGGCCUGUCUCUCAUUGGGAUUAUAAAGUGUUCCAGAGAGGGGUGGAAUCUCCUGGGCAGGCUGACGGGAAGAUUGUGACAGAAAGGUUUAAUUUGACGCUGAGCCAGAGGUCCUUAGGCAAUGGGCUGACAGGAGUCCCUACCUGUACCUCGGCAUCAAAGCCAAAUGCUCCUGAGUCAAGAUGGAGCAGCUGUCUGACGAGGAGCUUGACCACACCGAGGGAGGGGAUGAGGAGGACAGUGAUAAGGAGGAUCAGGAUCUGGACAAGAUGUUUGGAGCCUGGCUGGGGGAGCUGGACAAACUCACACAGAGUCUAGAUGAUGGAAAACCAGAAGUGGUCCAGAAGGCCCCCCAGAAAGCCCCCCUCAGACAGGAGACUAACAUGGCUAACUUCUGCAACCGCUUCUCCAUAUACAACAUCAACGAGGCUCUGAACCAGGGCGGGGACUCAGUGGACCUGGAUGCUCUAAUGGCUGACCUGUGUUCCAUAGAGCAGGAGCUGAGCACCAUCGGAGGAAAGCCACGACCUGGAGACGCCAAGGUCCGGCAGAAACCCCCUGCCGGGCGCAGCAGCAAAGGGCAUGGGGGCGGAGCUGGGGCUGGGGGCAGUGGUGGAGGCACCUCCAGCAGCGGGGGCAGCACCUCCAGCAGCACCCGCGCCUCCCCUGCCUCCACGGUGGCCACCCGCCACAGUCGUCCACUUGCCUCCAACCUCUCCCUGGACGACAUCACGGCCCAGCUGGAGCAGGCCUCCCUCAGCAUGGACGAGGCGGCUAAGCAGAGCUCCCACUCUUCAGUCAGCACCUCCUACUCCUCCUCCACCUUGCGGAGGCCUGUCUCCCACCACCACAGCCACCGGCGGACGGGGUCGGUGGGGACGGUCAGCGAACAGGAGGUGCGCUCCAUCGCCCACUCCUCUCGGUCGUCUGUGAACUCUGCGUCGGCCAGCAGCAUGGACUCUCUGGACAGUGUGCUCAGGCCCUCAGAGGAGGACGGGGCCACACCCACAGCACUGGGGCCCAACCAGGGCCCCCCAGGAGGCACAGAGCACUCCUAUCUGGACAGGGAAACCUCCCUGAUUCUGAAAAAUAUAGCAGGAAAGCCCUCUCACUUGCUGACCAAGGAAGAGCAAGCUGCCAAGACGAAGGCUGAGAAGAUUCGAGUGGCUCUGGAGAAGAUCAAAGAAGCGCAAGUUAAAAAGCUGGUGAUCCGGGUGCACCUGUCCGAUGAGAGUUCUAAGACCAUGAUGGUGGACGAGAGGCAGACGGUCAGACAGGUUCUGGACAGCCUGCUGGACAAGUCCCACUGUGGCUACAGCGCCGACUGGUCCCUGGUGGAGACCAUCCACGAACUACAGAUGGAGAGGAUAUUUGAGGACCAUGAGAACCUGGUGGAGAAUCUUCUCAACUGGACCAGAGAUUCCCAGAACAGAUUGAUGUUCAUAGAACGCAUCGAGAAGUACGCCCUCUUCAAGAACCCACAGAACUAUUUGUUGGGGCGGAAGGAGACGUGUGAGAUGGCAGACAGGAACAAGGAAGCUCUUCUGGAGGAGUGUUUCUGCGGCAGCUCUGUGUCAGUUCCUGAGAUGGAAGGAGUCCUCUGGCUGAAGGAGGACGGGAAAAAGUCCUGGAAGAAGAGAUACUUUCUUCUCCGAGCCUCUGGGAUCUACUACGUACCCAAGGGCAAAGCUAAGACGUCCAGAGACCUGGUGUGUUUCCUCCAGUUGGACCAUGUCAAUGUGUACUACGGCCAAGACUACCGCUCCAAAUACAAGGCUCCCACGGACUACUGCCUGACUCUGAAGCACCCCCAGAUCCAGAAGAAGUCCCAGUACAUCAGGUACCUUUGCUGUGACGAUGUCCGGACUCUCCACCAGUGGAUCAAUGGGAUUCGCAUCGCCAAGUAUGGGAAGACUCUGUACAUCAACUACCAGGAGGCGAUGAAGAGGACGGAGGCAGCCUACGACUGGUCCUCUCUCUCCAGCUCCUCCAUCAAGUCUGGAUCCAGCUCCUCUAGCCUGCCAGAGUCUCAGUCAAACCACUCCAGUAGUGACAGUGGAGUGGGUGUGUCCGAGACACUGUCAGGCCAUGUCCGCUCUCAGAGUCAGGUCAGCUCCAUCUUCUCUGAGGCCUGGAAGAGAGGCACGCAGGACGACUCGAAGUUGAGGACGGACUCUUUCAGUAGACCCCACCCACUGACAUUGUACCAGUCAGCACCCCCCUCCCGGACCAGCUACACCAGUGUGUCCCCUGAAUCCUCCCCUUCGCCCCCUGACCCGCCCCCUCCUCCUCCCCCACCUCCCCCUCUCCCCAACCCACCUCACCAGGCCGCCCCCACCCAGUAUGUCAAAUACAGUACCCUUGCCCGUUUACAGGGCAGUGCCAAUCAUUACAAUGCGCAGCCAAUGGGGCAGCAGCAGUGUCCGCCAGUCCCACCCCUUCAGUCUGUCAAACCCAACUACAACACGCUCCCAUUGGCUUCCACCAACUACAACCCUCCCCCGCCAUCACCCCCACCCCCUCCACCAACCUCCAUGCCCGUCCCGGGCUCUGCCAUGGCCUCUCUUCGGCUCGGCCCUCCGAGCCCUGUUCCACAGUUCAUACCCCCUCCCCCUCCACAGGCCCAUACCCUGCCCCCCCCUCACUACCAACACAGUAAUGGCAUCCUGCCCCCCCCUCCGCCCCCAGAGGUUCACCAGCCCCCCCCACUCAGUAACACAGGACUGCAGCAGUUCCUGGCCCAGAAGUUCCCCAAUAUGAACUAUGACUUCUCAGAGCUGGACGGCCAACCUGAACCCCCUCCUCCCCCCGCUGCCCUUUCACCCCUGUCUCCUGCCCUGCCCCCACCCGCUCCUCCUAAAACCUUCUCGGGGGUCUUCCCGCCCCAGACCGCUCCUAAGACCUUUGUUCCGGGGAUGCCUCUGUCCCCAGUCUCGCCCUCACCUCCUCCUGGUCCAGGGAAAAAGCAGCAGAGCUUCUCGACAGGCCAUUCGCCCAAUCAGCCCCCACCUACAAUGCCCAAACAGCAUAGCUUCUCCUCUAAGACCCUGCCCCUCUCGGCCCCCAUCUCCCCAACCCCGUCCCUGGUCAAACAGAUGGUCAACCAGUUCCCGGGAGCUCCGCUGCCCCCCCAGUCACCCCCAGCCGUCAAGGCCAAACCAAGAUGGCAGCCGGGGGGUCAGAUGCCCCCUCAGUCCCCGGAAUUCCCCCCACCUCCUCCUGAGAGCUGUCUGGACUUCCCCCCUCCCCCCCACAUCAUCCCAUCCCCAGCUCCUCCACUCCUCCCCCCUUCCAAGAUGGGCUCCCCUAUCAAGAAGUCUCCUUCCUCCUCUUCAACCUCCUCUACUGGAUCUAUAGGGAAGAGAGGGCCGCCUCCUACCCCUCAGAGGGCCUCUUCCAUCAAGUCCAACUCGUCUGGGGAGUACCAGGAGGAGGUGCAGGUCCAAAGGCAGCCUAAGAAGGUAGAGUCCCUGGUCAGUAAGUUUGCCCAGCCUGGCCUUGGCUCCUGCACCUCCUCCCCUGCCCCCUCUGGAUCUCCUGCUAAAGACACAGGGCCUCCUGCUCCUCCUAAACCAGGCAAGCUGAACCUGGCAGCCCUCCCCCUGGCCCUGCAGGGUCUACAGACCGGCCAACACCGCCAGCCCAGCAGUGACUUCCCCUCCCCUCCGUCUGAGCUUGAUUUCUUCCCCCCACCACCUCCUGACUCUGAGCUCCUCCCCCCGCCACCACUCCCUUCAGAAAUGCACCCGGGGGCCCCCCGGGUCGCUGUGGUCAACCCCCAGCCGCAAGCCGCGCCCCUCUCCCAACCAGUCAACCAGUCGUCAUGGAAGACGCAGUCGCUGAAGAAGACCCCGCCUCCUACGCUGCACAGGCUGUCCCGGAGCAACACGGUGCAGGAGCCCUUGCCCCUGUCCCCCCCUCCCCAGCAGACCUCCUUCGGCUGCCCUGUGCCGCCCAUCUCCCCCGGGGGGCCUAAAGGGGGCAGUACUCUCUCCUCAGUCCAACCCAACUUCCUGGAGGACCUGAACCGGACCUUGAAGAGGAAGUCCAUCACCCGUCACGGGUCUCUGACACGCCACGGCUCCUCCAGACUGGAACCAGUCUCCAUGGACGACAUGGCCCUCCCCCCUCCUCCCCCAGAGCUGCUGCUGGAACAGCAGAGGGUGGGGCAGGGCGGCGGCCACGGCUACAUGUCCUCAGGCUAUGCAACGUUACGGCGGGGGCCACGCCCUGCCCCGCCCAAACGGGACCAAAGCACCAAGCUGACAGGGGAGUGGUAGCUGGUGGAGGUGUGGUGCCCAGGCUACAGACCCACCAAGGCCUCAGGCUAUGCGCCAUACAGGUCACUCCCCUGAGACCCUGGUUGUCAGAAACUGACCAAAACCGAGGGGGGGGCCAGACGACUGCCUGAUCUUGUCCAAAAAUAAACUCUAAUUUCUGUGUGCACCAAUGAAUACGACCCAGAUCCCCCCCCCCCACACACACACACACACACACACAGGACUGAGCUAGAUGCUGUGUUCUAUGUGAUCCUCUGUCUGCAAACCAGACCGUCUGUUCAGCUUCUCCACGUUGUGCCGCUUUGCAUUAAAUAUAACAAAACAUAAACGGCAAGAAUUCUGCUGCAAUAUAACUGGUACUGCAUGGACUCCUGUAUGUAUGGACAUGGUGUUAUGUUAGCAAGCGUUUGGGGUUUGGAGGGGGGGGGGGGGGCUCAGUAAAUAUAUAUGUAUAGACAUGUGGGUAGGUGGGUGGGUAACUUCCUUUUGUGUUUUUAUAUAAGAUUAUUUAAUACCUGAAAGAUUUGGUUAUUUUAAAGUGGCGUUUUUAAAGCGUGAGUGAGUAGGAACCCCAAUUGGUUGAGAGACCUGGCGUGAUUUACAGCUAGAUAGCUCUGGUCCAGGGUGUGAUGUGGUUUACAGCUAGAUAGCUCUGGUCCAGGGUGUGAUGUGGUUUACAGCUAGAUAGCUCUGGUCCAGGGUGUGAUGUGGUUUACAGCUAGAUAGCUCUGGUCCAGGGUGUGAUGUGGUUUACAGCUAGAUAGCUCUGGUCCAGGGUGUGAUGUGGUUUACUGCUAGAUAGCUCUGGUCCAGGGUUGUGAUGUGGUUUGGUACCAUGAUGCCUUGGGCCAGAACUGGACACACCCAGGUGUGUAGAUGAGUGGUUCAUACUGAGUGUGACCCAAAUGACACCCUAUUCCCUACAGAGUGCACAGGACCCAUAUGGCUUUGGUCAAAAGUAGUGCACCAAAUAAGGAGCAGCGUGCUGUUUCAGACUCUGCCCAUCGGUCUCUCUGAUUCUAAUGAAGAUUUCUCAAAAUGGCACCAAAAGGUUUAAAAUGCUUCCAGUGGAUUUGAGUAGCUGUAGAACUGGAAAGCAAUUGGCUGCCUUUUAAAUGAUCCUCAGUUUUUGAUUGGUUGAGAUAAAACGAUGCACAAUGAAGGUCCACCUCUGCAAUGGCUGUUAUGUUGGGGGAGGAGUCAGAGCUGCUUUGUCUGUUUUUAUUGGUCACAUUGGCUGGCUAUUAUUCUAUCCAUACAUCACAGCUGAGCCUCCUGUAUCUAGAGGCCUCCUUUGGCCCUAACUUAAGAAUAUACAGACAGAAAAAACACUUCAGGACUGUAGGCAGCCAGAUACCAUGAAUGAAAGAGUCUUGAAGGAAGUAAAGAUCAUCCAAAGCAGACUAAACCGGAAGUGAGUAUUUCCAGGGCAGAAUAAACAGGAAGUGGAGUUUGUCCCAGGGCAGACUAAACAGCCAUGUAGCUCCUUAUUGAGGGUGGAUGGACAUUGAUGUUUCACACUAAUGCCUUCUCUUUUACUGUCUGUCAUUCCAAAUGGCAUCCUAUUCCCUGUGUAGCGCAUUACAUUGAACCUAACCCUGCCCCGUGACAGCAUCCAGGGACUGUAGGUCCGGUUGGCUCAUGCUGCAGAAAAAGGACCUGCCCAGGGUUUCAGACUACAGGGAAUAGAGGGCUGUUUGGACGUCUUCAUGUGUUUGAGGACGCGACCACCACAUUGCUGUUAUGUACAUUGUCCUUAGUAUCCAAAGCAUUAAUAAAACCUGUAAGUCCAUCUGGCCAGUCAGUCCCUUUGCUUGAUGUAUCAGUUUGUAUCUGUGAUCUGUAAGUCAUAUUUCUCCAUGCCAAUCACUAGGCUUCACCAAACUGAAAUGUGUCAUUGUCAGGCCUUCUCCCUCACCUGUUGGAGGGAAGUUACAUCAGCAACAUUUUGAGUACUGUCCUCCAUUUCCUGUCUUCAAUCACUUCAGGACAACAUGGAUCAGCGGUGAAUGACAACCUAAAUGUUAUUAAGUAUAUCUGAAGGCCAAAGGAGUUACUUUAAGGUCAGGAACACUCUGAGAUACUUUGCCAUAAUGGGGAAAAUGAAAACCUAAAAUGCAUUUAAACCGAACAAUAAAAAUGUGCAAAUCAUACUCUG